UUCAGUGUGCCAUAAUCGCGCAAAUGGUGAUCUUUCGUUCAUUUUCACAAACUAUUAUUGAUUAAACUCGUAUGUGAUUGAUCGAUGGAUUAUUAAAAAUCAACCUGUAUAUUCAUAAAAUCUUGUGAAACUUAACGUUAAGCGAUUAAAAAUAUAAACUGAGAUAAGAAAACUAAUAAGAAUGGCUGCGAUAAUACCUUCUGUGAAUGACAUCAAACUGAAGGCUUUGGAAGCUUUUGCAAAGGAAUUCGAUGAGAAUGCAGAUGUUUGUGUUUGCGCACCGGGACGUGUAAAUUUGAUCGGGGAACACACUGAUUAUAACGAAGGUUUCGUUUUACCUAUGGCAUUGCCUAUAGUAACUGUCAUAGCUGGAAAGCGUAGUAAUGAAAAAAAAUAUAAAAUUAUCUCUCUCAAUGAGACAGUUAGUUCUGAAAGGCAAGUCGAGUUUGAUGUAGUUGCUCGUGACAGUUUGAAACCAGGAAAGCCAAAAUGGGCUAACUAUGUAAAAGGAUGUAUAGCACAUUUUAUUUGCGAUGUACCAGCUUUCAAUGCUGUAAUUGUCUCGUCUGUACCAGUUGGUGCUGGUCUUAGCAGUUCAGCUGCUUUAGAAGUUGCUACUUACACAUUUUUAGAAGCAUUAACCGGCGCACAAGCAAAUAAGCUAGAAGAUAAGGCCUUGGCAUGCCAACGCGCAGAGCACGAUUUUGCUGGAGUUCCUUGUGGUAUUAUGGAUCAAUUUAUUUCUGUAAUGGGGAAGAAAGAUUAUGCUCUACUUCUCGACUGUAGAGGCCUUAAUACAAAGCAAAUACCUAUGUCAAAAAUAAACGAAUAUGUUUUUCUUAUUACUAAUUCUAAUACUCCUCACAAAUUAAGUUCAAGCGCAUAUUGUGAACGUAGAGAUUGUUGCUACGAAGCUGCAAAGAAGUUGAAUAAAAAAAGUUUGCGCGAAGCAUCUGUACAUGAUAUUGAAGUUCUGCGAUCGCAAAAUGCAUCCGAAGAAAUGAUAAAAAGAAGUCGGCAUGUAAUAACAGAGAUUCAAAGAACAAUUGAUGCAGUAGUGGCACUUGAAAAGGGAGAUUUUACCAAGUUUGGACAGUUAAUGAACGAAAGUCAUGAUUCGUUAAAAAAUGACUAUGAGGUUUCUUCCAAAGAACUUGAUACCUUGGUGUCAGCAGCAAGAGAAAUAAGUGGUGUUUUAGGAAGUCGUCUAACUGGUGCUGGUUUUGGGGGUUGUACAGUAACUUUACUAAAAACAGAUGUACUGGAUGAAGUCAUCAAACAUAUAAAGUCAAAAUAUCCUGGGAAUGCAACAUUUUAUAUUGCAAAACCUGCGAUGGGAGCGAGAAUCCUAAAUAUAAAUUAAAUGAUACAUUAAUAAAAAAAAAUUAAGAAGUGGAAUUAUAAAAGUAUUCUUUCAGAUACUGUUCACGACUGGAUAGAAAAAAUUAUUAGAAUUUGGUUUGGAUGUUUUACCCCAUCCACUCUACUUAGAAGAUCUUGUCCUAUUUGAUUUUUCUUUAUUCAAAAUCAUUUAAGAACACGGAAGAUGUAAACUUACACAUGUCUAAAUUUGUUAAUAAA